AUGCUUUACUUUCUUAUAUCUUUUGUGUCCUUUCUUAUGAUCCUUUCAAAAUCCUUUACAAAUUAUAAACCACUUUCAUCAAAUGGGACAAAACUUGUUUCAUGUGUGUUUUGUGGGAAGCUUUUUAGUUUUCUAGCUUCUAGGAUCAAAACAAGAACUAGUUUUCUAGCUUUUAAUCUUUUUCAAUUUUCUCUUUUUAUUCAAUCGCCAAACAAGAGUUUAGUACUAUCUAAAUUUGAAGAGGAUCAAAGGAAAGUUUCUCUCUUGGAUUUGCAUGAUUUGCCAUUGGAUUGCAUUCUUGAAAAGCUUUCACCAAAUGAACUAUGCAAUAUGGCAAAAGUGUGUAAAUCUCUUAGAAAAAGUUGUAGAAGUGAUUAUUUAUGGGAGAAACAUAUGAAGAUGAAAUGGGGGAAAGUGUUUGGUGAUGCUGGUUAUAGAGAGUGGAAAUGUUUUGUAGCUUCAAGAAACAUGGAGAAGAGUUCAAAUCAACACAAGAAUCGGAAAAAAGUAGUUCGUGAUUUUCUUCCAUUGUUUUGGAUUAAAUCAAAAGCUGAAAAAGAUAUGAAGUUAAAGCUUGAUGAUUCUGUUGCUUCUCUUUAUCUUUCUCUUGAGAGUGGAAAUUUUUGGUUCCCUGCUCAAGUUUAUAACCGUGAGAAUGGUCAUGCUGGGUUUAUGCUGUCAUGUUAUGAUGCUUCACUUUGCUAUGACUCUAGAAGUAAUACUUUUCAAGCAAGGUAUUCACCCCAUGGUAGAUGGACAAUUGAAGAAAACAUAAAAUGGGAGAGGCUAAGAGUGCCACCUAUUGAUUCUUGUUCACAUGUUCUUCAUAUCUCUGAUUGUUUAGAUGAUUUAAGACCUGGUGAUCAUGUUGAAAUCCAGUGGAGAAGAAACAAGGAGUUCCCUUAUGGUUGGUGGUAUAGUGUGAUUGGUCAUUUGGAAACAUGUCAAGGACAAGGAAACCAUUGCCAAUGUGACAAUAAAGAUAGAGUGAUUUUGGAGUUCAGACAGUACACAACUAGUUCAAGAUGGAGACAAACAAUGAUAAAUAGAAGGAGUCAUAGAGAAGAAGGAAAUGAGAUUGAAGGUUUUUAUGGAGGAAUUAGAAAGUUGCAUAGCAAGGAGGAAAUUACAAAGUGGAAGAAACUUUGGCCAAUAAAAAAUGUGGAAUAG